GACCCGGUUCCCAGAAGGGCUGAGGGGAGGGAAAAUCGGGUUUCGGUUUCUGUGACAGGGAAGCAGAGGGGAGAGGCCACUUCCUCGCCCCCAGCGCUCACCCCGACAUCCUGUGAUUCAGCGGAGGGACAGGCAGGUCCCAGCAGCCCCGGGCCGCCUCCCUUCCCUCCAGACUGCCCGCUCCCCCACAGCUCCGAGUCUGGCCAGCUGGGAGGAACUUCUGGGCCAGGCUGUGAGCACCAAGAGAGCUGCCCUGCUUGACCUGGGGCCGUCUGUCUGCCUUCCCAUCUCUCUGCAUCUAUCCACCUCUCUGCAGAGCUGAGGCUUGACCCCAGAGCAUCUGUACAGAGCAAGGAAAGGACUAGAGCAUGCUCUAAAGACCUCUGCAACAAGACCCAGGAAGCUGAAGCUGCCCUGCCCCCCUGCCCACCAUGGCCUCCGCUGACAGAAGUGGCGGGAGUGUCUCCUCGGUGUCCAGCAGCCGCCUGCAGAGCCGGAAGCCACCCAACCUGUCCAUCACCAUCCCUCCGCCUGAGACCCCGGCCCCCAGCGAGCAGGCCAGCAUGCUGCCCCAGAGGCCCAGGAAUCCAGCCUACCUGAAGAGCGUCAGCCUCCAGGAGCCGCGGGGACGAUGGCAGGAGGGCGGGUCGGAGAAGCGCCCUGGCUUCCGCCGCCAGGCCUCCCUGUCCCAGAGCAUCCGCAAGGGUGCAGCCCAGUGGUUCGGGGUCAGUGGCGACUGGGAGCUGAAGCGACAGCACUGGCAGCGCAGGAGCCUGCACCACUGCAGCGUCCGCUACGGCCGCCUCAAGGCCUCGUGCCAGAGGGACCUGGAGCUCCCCAGCCAGGAGGUGCCCUCCUUCCAGGGCACCGAGUCUCCAAAACCCUGCAAACUGCCCAAGAUUGUGGAUCCCCUGGCCCGAGGACGGGCGUUCCGCCACCCAGACGAGGUGGACCGGCCCCACGCCCCGCACCCACCACUGACCCCCGGGGUCCUGUCCCUCACCUCCUUCACCAGCGUGCGCUCUGGCUAUUCCCACCUGCCCCGUCGCAAGAGGAUGUCUGUGGCCCACAUGAGCUUCCAGGCUGCUGCCGCCUUCCUCAAGGGCCGUUCGGUGCUGGAUGCCGCGGGACAGCGGUGCCGGGUGGUCAAACGCAGCUUUGCCUACCCCAGCUUCCUGGAGGAGGAUGCAGUCGAUGGGGUGGAGACAUUCGACUCCUCGUUUUUUAGUAAGGAAGAAAUGAGCUCCAUGCCCGAUGAUGUGUUUGAGUCUCCCCCACUCUCUGCCAGCUACUUCCGGGGGCUCCCACACUCGGCCUCCCCGGUCUCCCCCGACGGGGUGCAGAUCCCGCUAAAGGAGUACGGCGGAGCCCCAGCGCCCAUGCCCAGGCGCGGAAGGCGCAUCGCCUCCAAGGUGAAGCACUUCGCCUUCGACCGGAAGAAGCGGCACUACGGCCUGGGCGUGGUGGGCACCUGGCUGAACCGCAGCUACCGCCGCAGCAUCAGCAGCACCGUGCAGCGCCAGCUGGAGGGCUUCGACAGCCACCGACCCUACUUCACCUACUGGCUGACCUUCGUCCACAUCAUCAUCACAUUGCUGGUGAUUUGCACAUAUGGCAUCGCACCCGUGGGCUUCGCACAGCAUGUUACCACCCAGCUGGUACUCAGGAACAAAGGUGUGUACGAGAGCGUGAAGUACAUCCAGCAGGAGAACUUCUGGAUUGGCCCCAGCUCGAUUGACUUGAUCCACCUGGGAGCCAAGUUCUCGCCCUGCAUCCGGAAGGACCAGCAGAUUGAGCAGCUGGUGCUGCGGGAGCAAGACCUGGAGCGGGACUCGGGUUGCUGCGUCCAGAACGACCACUCGGGCUGCAUUCAAACCCAGCGGAAGGACUGCUCGGAGACUUUGGCAACUUUUGUCAAGUGGCAGGAUGAUACCGGGCCCCCCAUGGACAAGUCCGACCUGGGCCAAAAGCGGACAUCGGGGGCCGUGUGCCACCAGGACCCCAGAACCUGUGAGGAGCCAGCCUCCAGCGGUGCCCACAUCUGGCCUGAUGACAUCACCAAGUGGCCAAUCUGCACAGAGCAGGCCAGGAGUAACCGCUCGGGCUUCCUGCACUUGGACUGUGAGAUCCGCGGCCGCCCCUGCUGCAUCGGCACCAAGGGCAGCUGUGAGAUCACCACCCGGGAAUACUGUGAGUUCAUGCACGGCUAUUUCCACGAAGAGGCCACACUCUGUUCCCAGGUGCACUGCCUGGACGAGGUGUGUGGGCUGCUGCCCUUCCUCAACCCCGAGGUCCCAGAUCAGUUCUACAGGCUCUGGCUGUCUCUGUUCCUCCACGCUGGCGUGGUGCACUGCUUGGUGUCUGUGGUCUUCCAAAUGACCAUCCUGCGGGACCUGGAGAAGCUGGCUGGCUGGCACCGCAUCUCCAUUAUCUUCAUCCUCAGUGGCAUCACUGGCAACCUUGCCAGCACCAUCUUCCUCCCGUACCGUGCGGAGGUGGGCCCCGCUGGGUCGCAGUUCGGCCUCCUCGCCUGCCUCUUCGUGGAGCUCUUCCAGAGCUGGGAGCUGCUGGAGCGGCCCUGGAAGGCCUUCCUGAACCUGUUGGUCGUGGUGCUCUUCCUGUUUGUGUGCGGCCUCCUACCCUGGAUCGACAACAUCGCGCACAUCGUCGGCUUCCUCAGCGGCCUGCUGCUGGCCUUUGCCUUCCUGCCCUACAUCACCUUCGGCACGAGCGACAAGUACCGCAAGCGCGCCCUCAUCCUGGUGUCGCUGCUGGUCUUCGCCGGCCUCUUUGCCUCGCUCGUCGUCUGGCUCUACGUCUACCCCAUCCACUGGCCCUGGAUCGAGUACCUCACCUGCUUCCCCUUCACCAGCCGCUUCUGCGAGAAGUAUGAGCUGGACCAGGUGCUGCACUGACCGCCCGCCCCGCGGAGCCCGAUGCCACGGGGCUGACUGCCAGGGCGGGGCUGCCUGCCCGUAAGGCCCUCCCCGCACUCCAGAAACGCCCUCGGGGGCGCAGCUCUGAUCCCAGGAGCUCCCUCCUCCAGGCCAGGCUGAGCCCACGGGAGGCGGUCAUAAAGCAGGGUUCCCUGGGGGACUGGAGCCCUUCCUCGUCAGGGCCAGGCUGAGGGACGCUCUGAACACGUGCUUCUCUGCAGCUCGGGGGCCCAGGCCCUGAUGUCCUCCCCACUCCCCUGCUUUCGGGACCACCUCCUGGGUUGGGUUUCUUUCUUCCCAGGGUCCUGGGCUGCUGCCCCUCUCCCACCUCAGCCUCUGCUGGUGCCUUUCCUCUCCCCGCUCCUGUGAGCCUGCCCUUCCUGGGGUUGUGGCUGGGGUUCCCACCAGGUUCCCAGCCCUGCGUCCCCACGGCCCCCUUCCUGUGUCCCCUCCCCUCUCUGCCCUGUGAAUCCACCCCCGGCAUCCAUCAGUGGCCUGUUAAGCCUGCCCAUAAUGCUCAGGGACUGAACACUGAGAGAAGCUCUGGCUGGGGUCUGGUGCAGAGGACCAAGGAGCAAGGAGACACAGUUAGACCGGGAAGCUGAGAGCCUCUGCUGUUCUUAGCAAACGGACGCUGCACCUGCCCCGCAGGCCCCCAGCCCUCCUUCGAUUCAGUGUUCUGCCUCAUGGGGCUGGACUGACGCUGGCCAGCCCCACCACCCUCUGUCUCACUCCCGCCCACGUGGGGGCAGGACCACCCCAGGGACCUGCUUCCAAGGGUUGCCCAAGGUCAAUCAGGCCCUUUUUUUUCCUACCAGUUUAUAUUAUGGCCCUAAUUUUUUAAAGUAACGCUAACUUUGUAUGGAUGAUGUCUGAAAUGUAUUAAGUGAUAUUCUUUAGAGAAACAUUAUCUUUUAACCUGAGGCCUCGGGUAGAAUAAAAGCUGGAAAUUUAUUUUGGA